CAAGGCUCUCCGAGCAGCAAAACAAUCAACAAUAAUCAAAAUAAUCACUUCACCAACAAGAAAUCUCAUUAAUAUUUAUACUGCGCACGCCUGAGUAUUUGGAACGCCAGCCAACUCGUGUUAGCUAACGAAAUCUCAAAAAGACCUGCAUAGAAUCAAAGAGGAGAGAACAAAAAAACAUUAAAAAUUUCAUGCAUUACGUGCCAUUAUACUCUGCAAAUCGUCCAGAAAGUCAAAUACACAGCCAAAGUCAGUCGCAGUGAUGAACUAUUACGUGCAAUUAUUAAAAGUAAUAUCCUAAUUACAUGAGUCCAAAUAAAUAUCUAUAAAUUAGCAAAUAUUAGUUAGAGCAAAACGUUUUAUGCGUAAAUAGUAUUUUUUUUUAUGUGCAAUUCUAACUUUUCGUAAAAGCAGCGUAUAAUCUGUGUUCAUCGCUAGUGAAGUAAUCGCUUUCGCUGUGUAACAGCGUGUGAUAUUCCAGUGUUUGCUUUGUCGAAAUAAUUAUUAGGUCAAUAAAAAGCGAUGGGUUCGUCGUCGUCGCGCAAUGCUGCGUCCAACUUUCCGUCGCACGAUGAUCCAGCGUACCGGAAGUGUCAGGAGUUGAAAAUGGAACGCUGGAUACAAUUGCACUAUCAGAUAAAAGAGCGCGAAAUGGCAACUUAUAUUGCUGGCAAACGUGAGCUCUUCUAUUGGUUAAGCGCCUUCUAUAUGACCUCGAGCAUUGGUUGCUGGCAAUAUUAUCAGCACAUUCGUCGAAAAGCCGCGUUGCUACCAAUGGUUCCCUUGACCUUUGUUAUGGCCUAUUAUGCCGAUUUAGCUUACGGCAGCAAAGUACAUCGCAUUCAAGCUGAAGCCAAUAUGAUAUUAGAGCACGAGAACGAGCUGCUGCACUGGCCUGGCGGCUUGCCAACUGUAUCAUCGCUGGAUGAGGCACGUGUCGAAAAUGAAAUCGAAAAGAAAUUACAUCCACAUCCUUCAUAGGCUUAUCCAUUAACAGUUUAUCUAUGCUUUCCAUGUUAUUGAAAUCUUUACAUUUCAUAUAUUGCUCAAUGAAAUAAUUACUUUUCCAAUCAACUACAUUCAUAUGUAUUUAACCGUUUUAUAUUCACUUUUUUGAAAUUUAAACAUACAUAUUUAUGCAAUUGAAAGUUUGUGACAAUAUUCGAAUUACUUAUAAGAUUAGCCAUUUUCUAAACGUGCAUGUACUUAUAUAUGUAUGUAUAUGUAUAUACGAAUAUUUCGCAAUUAUUGAUGUGUAUAAACGAUUUUUUACUAUUCAAUAUAAUUAUAUUGUCCAUAAUAUCAUAGUAAUUUUGGAAAUGUUAAAAAGAUACUUUAAGAAAGUCGAGUUCUAACUACAUACAUUUAACGCACACACAAUAUAUGAAAAUAACAGUAUCGAAAUGUUAUCGUAUAAUAUAUUAUAAUAAAUAAUUGUCAUAAUAUACUAUUAUACAUUUGUACGCAUGCAUGUACAUACACAAAUGUAUGCAAAGUAAUAGCAGAACUUCGUAUUCGAGGGGUUUCAAAACUAUCAUUCAACCUUAAUUCAUGUGAUUGAUCAUAGUACUUACUUACAAAUAUACUCUUAAUUACAUUUAAUGAAUUAUAAUAGUGCAAAUUCAAAAAUUACGAAAAAAUAAUAAAAAGGUGUACGAAUAAUUCUUGUUAGAAAAAUCGAUACAGCAAUUUGCUAAUAAAUAUUUAUUUCUUUAAAAUCCUUAA